AUGGAGGACUCCGGCUGGAAUGACUCCACAGACCUUCUUCAGGGCAUGGAUAGAUCGCAUGAUCUCAAGUCACAUCUACCUUUCGACUCGUCUCAGCCUCUCCUAGACCUCCACCGCGGAUCGGACCUGUCUCUCGACCCAUCGUCGUUCUUGAACGGCUGGUCGAACCCCAGAGAUCUGUACUAUUCAAACUACCCUUCCCGCAUGACGGCCGAUCAAGAUGUUUGGAAUCCACUGCUACUCACCGGCAUCCCGGCUUCGUCGUCGCUAUCGCAUAUGAAUAUGUCAGCCCCGUUACCCGAGCAGGAAUACUGCUUGUCACACCAUCAGUUUAGUGAUCCCUCUGAGAAUGGGAGUCAAUAUAUGGGUAGUUACUCGGCGGAUUCUGGGUAUGGCGGCACCAGUUGUGCGACGCAGUCGGUGGUCGCUUCAUCCUAUGGUGUUGAUUCGUCACCGCAAAUUGGUGUGAAGGAGAAUGCGGCUGGUUCCGCGCCUUUCUUUACCCAUUCGCGCUAUGCCUCUGGUUCUUCGCUUGCUUCGGACUUGGCUGGGUCGCCGUCGCAGAUGUUUGAUGGUGUUUUCAAGUGUGACCAUCCCUCUUGUGAGUGGAGUGGGAAGUGUCCUUCGGAUAAGAGGAAACAUGAGGCUCGCCAUCGCAAGCUGUUUAAAUGCGAUGAGCCAAAUUGUCCUCGCAAGGAAGGAUUCGGAACUAUCAAUGAUCUUGCCCGUCACAAGAAGUGCGUGCACAACAAGGAGCCUGAGCGUGGGCCGAAGAUGAUGUACAAGUGCUUUGGUUCAAGCUGCCCAAGGCCAAACAAGAAUUGGCCGCGCCUGGACAACUUCAAGCAACAUCUGAGCCGCAUGCAUCAUGAAGAAGAUGGAGAUGCGUUACUAAAGAAGUCCAUGGAUUGGUAUGACAAGGUCAACGGUCGCCAAGCAGGACAAGGCUUCGAAGAACGCAGCUCUCGGGAAGAAUCAAUGUCCGAAGAACAGGAAGAUCUAUCAUCUGUCCAAUCCACCACUGAACUCGAGCCCGUCUUCCAAGAGAAAAGCGAUCUCUUCACAUUCGGUGCCACCCAGCCGACCCAAUACAGCACCUCAAUCGCCGAUUCAGAACCAUCUCAAUUCCCUGCCUUCAGCCCAUGGGGCAUGUCAUCAACAAGUCAGGAAUCCCCAACGGAACGAAAUAACACAAAGCCCGACGGCUCCGUCACAGACGCAGCAGACAAUCUGAUAAACGCAAUGACGAAAAUGAUGAACAACCGCAACAGAAAAUCAAGCCAGACAAUUGACGAAGGAAUCGAAGUCGAAUCAGACAACACUCAACUCACCCAACUCCAACGCCAAAUGCUCCAAAAAGUCCUCUCCGCAGCCCUAGACCGGCUCUCCGACGAACCCGACACGACAACCCAAGACUCCACCCAAGAACAAGAAAAAAGAAGCUGGUUCCAAUGCGACGCCUGCCCCAAACGAACCCGCCUCCGCUGCGAAAUGAAAAAACACCAAAAACGCCACGAAAGACCCUACGGCUGUACUUUCCCCCACUGCGCCAAAUCCUUCGGCAGCAAGGCCGACUGGAAACGCCAUGAGACCUCGCAGCAUCUCCACGUGCCCAGCUGGAUCUGCACAGCCCACGAUGCGCACAAGGGUUCUCCCUGUGAGCGCUUAUUUGGCAAAGUGGACAUGUAUACGCAGCAUGUGCGCGAGCAUGGCGUGAAUGAGUAUGAAAUUGCCGCUGGUGCGAGCGAGAAUAGGCUUGAUCUGGCGGAUGAUUCGCAGUUUUGGUGUGGGUUUUGUGAUCGGAGGAUCCCCCUGCGGAGUGGUGGCUCGGCGGCGCUAGAUGAGCGCUUUAAUCAUAUUGAUCAGGAUCAUUUUAAGAAGGGGGAGAGGGGCGCUGAUUGGCGGUUCCCUUCUGCGUCCUCGGUUGAUGCUAUGGAUCAGGCGUUGGAUGGGCCUUCCCUGGCUGGCUUGAAGAAUCCAUCUAGGAAGGCGGCUGUGCUUGGGACGAGGAAACGGAAGCUUGCUGCUGUAUGA